AUGGCCGAUGGACGCCAAAUGCCAAUCGCUGAUUGGUCCAUUCCUUCUCGUGUGCGUUUCAGUCAGAAGAGCCUCGCGCAAAAAAUCCGCUGCCCAGCAGAAAAGAGGCGUCGAGUCUCUCAAGUCAUCAGAGUCCCGAGGGCGCGGUUGGAGGCGACCGCCGCGACCGUGCCGAUGGAGGAGUUCACCGGGCCGUAUCCGCGGCCGUUCUCGCGCGACUUUGAAGCGUGGUCCCGCGCGGUCACUCCCGCUCGCAUCGCGGAGCUUCGCCGCGACGGCUUCACGGUCGUCGACGACUUCCUCGGGGGCGGCGGUGCCGAGGGUGGCGCCGACGGUGACGAUGUGUCCUCGUCGUCCGGGAACGGCGACGCGUGGGCUCUGGCGCUGCGCGAGGAGAUCGAGUGGCUCUCCGCCAAGGACGGGGUGAUGCGUCCCAACCGCACGCACUUCGCCAACCCCAAGGGAGAGAGGUUCCUGUUCGCCAAGCCCGGCAUCGUCGAGGCGGACAUGCACGACGAUGCCGUCGCGGCGGUCGUCCCCGAGCUUCGCGCGUUCUUCGAGGCCGCCGCCACGAGGUUCGCGGACGCGUUCGACCCUAAAACCAAGGAGGACGCGUCGGUGCCGCAGCGGGAAGGAGGAGGAGGCGCCAAACCCGAUUUCACGUACUCGUACGCGCUGUCCAGAGGCGACGGCGCGAGGACGGUCAAAGUGCAGAGGAACGACGGCACCGGCGGUUGCUUCCCCGCGCACUACGACAACCCGGGCCCGCCGUCCAAGCGCGCGCUCACCUGCAUCCUGUACCUGAACCCCCACUGGCAAACGGGCGACGGGGGCGAGCUGGACCUCGUGCCGUUCUGCGCCACCCCCACGCGCGUGGCGCCGAGGCUCGGUCGGUUGGUCGCGUUUUUGUCGGAUAGGAUACUGCACCGCGUCGCGCCGGCGCACAAGACCCGGCACUGCUUGACGGUGUGGGUGGACGGCCCGGACGUGAACGCGCCGAAGGAGUGCGGGUUGAGCUUACCCCCGAGCGCGAUGGCGGACGUGCCGGGGACGGCGAGGGCGCUCCGCGCGAGCGCGUCGCAGAGGGUGAUCAGCAGGUGGUGCUACCCGGACGAGUACGAGUCUUCCUUGAGGGAGUGCAUGAGGGACGCGGAGGGCGGAACGCAGAUGGUGGAGAGCCACCUCGCGCACAUGGCGAAGCUGUGGGACAACCCGCCGCUUCGUAAGCUCGUCGACGCGCUCAGGGAACACAGGCGGAACGUGGAGGGGAAGCUGACGGUGGUGGGUUAA